UCUGGAUGUUUGUGGCCUGAGGAUGGAGAAGUACGAGAAGAUCGGGAAGAUCGGAGAGGGCUCCUACGGCGUCGUCUUCAAGUGCAGGAACAAAGACACGGGGCAGAUCGUCGCCAUCAAGAAGUUUGUGGAGUCCGAGGACGACCCCAUCAUCAAGAAGAUCGCACUGAGGGAGAUCAGGAUGCUCAAGCAACUGAAACACGCCAACUUGGUGAAUCUGAUCGAGGUAUUUCGGCGUAAACGAAAGCUUCACCUGGUGUUCGAGUACUGCGACCACACGGUCCUCAACGAGCUGGACCGACAUCCCAGAGGAGUUCCAGAGCAUCUGGUAAAAAGUAUAACCUGGCAGACUCUGCAGGCGGUUAACUUCUGUCACAAACAAAAUUGCAUCCACCGAGACGUCAAGCCGGAAAAUAUUCUCAUCACCAAACAUCAAGUCAUCAAACUGUGUGACUUUGGGUUCGCCCGGAUUCUCACCGGUCCAUGUGACUACUACACAGACUACGUGGCGACGCGUUGGUACCGGGCCCCUGAGCUGCUGGUGGGAGACACUCAGUACGGCCCCCCGGUGGACGUUUGGGCGAUCGGUUGUGUGUUCGCAGAGCUGCUGUCGGGGAUCCCUCUGUGGCCCGGGAAGUCCGACAUGGACCAACUUUACCUGAUCAGAAAGACUCUCGGAGACCUGAUCCCUCGACACCAGCAGGUCUUCAGCAACAACCAGUUUUUCUGCGGAGUUUCCAUCCCAGAGCCUCAAGAGAUGGAACCUUUGGAGCAGAAAUAUCCAAAUCUCUCACAUCAAGCUCUGAGUCUCAUGAAGGGUUGUUUGAGGAUGGACCCGUCCGAGCGUCUGACCUGUGAGCAGCUCCUCCAACAUCCGUACUUCGAAAGCCUGCAAGAAAAGAGUGAGAGCACAUCUCGAGAGCAGGACCGCUCCAGCAACAAGAGGACACGUUUACCUCGCAAACACCUUCCUCCCGGGUAUUUGCCACAGCUGACCAGCAGCAGCAUCUUCCCGGCUUUGGACAAUAAGAAAUACUACAACAACCUACGCAAGUUCAACUACCACCUCCCGAACAUCUGAACACGAGCUGAAUCAACUCCGAACGCCAUCAAUGAGCAGCGUUUUCUGAAAACUCAGAAGGUGAAGCAAAUUCAGGAUUCAACCACUUUUUAAAGGUUUUGUUUCCAUCACGUGGGGUGUGUCGGGCGUCUCUUGAUACUGAUGUCAGUCUAUGCACUAUUCCCCGACGUGUGGACUCAACACAUGUUGGUUUUUAUGUAUGUUGCCUGCGUUUCGAGCUGAUUUUGUUGUAUUUUGUAUAGAAGACAAGGAGCGAUGUGCUGCUCUGCUGGUGGUCGCUGAGUAGACUGAAGGUAAAACUACUGCCUUGCCUGGUUUGCCAAAUGUAUUUUUUUAUAUAACGAUGGACUCUCUUAAAAGAGUGAAUCUUUUUGGUAGUGAGUUUUAUGUCUUGAGUAACUUAUAACGUAGAACACAAGCUUUUUUUUUGAGCAUUUCUGAAACUAUUUAUUGACGUCAGGAGUGAAUAUUCCUUUAACCCACAUUUAGUAGCAUAUACAGAAACAAAACACACAUUAUCUGACGAACUUUGGUGCUAAGGAUGUUCACAGCCAUCUUUCUGUCCUCAGAUAUUCAACGAAUGCCAAAUUUAUCUAAAGAGAAAUUAUUUAAAAGACUCCUUUUGAAUUUCAUUCAACUGUUUUCCUCUUUGUACCCACAUACGGAGUAACCUUUAAUACAUUUAAUGUUGAGAAUAUAAUAAAUUGAAUAGUUCAAUCGAACAAUAUAAAGUGCUUUUGUCUUUGCCGUUUUCUUUAAAGGGACAGUUCACUCCUAAAUCAAAAAUGACAGAUUUUCCCCUCACCUGUGGUGCUAUUCAUCUACCUAGAUUAUUUGGUGUGAGUUGCAGAGUGUUGCAGAUCUCAGCACAAGGUAAAUGUAAUUAUUCUUACAAUAUCAGGUUGUGUUGUUAAUGAGCUAACUAGCAUCCUGAAUGUGUCCAGUUGGUCUUCUGGUUUUCCCUCCUGCAGCUGUGGAGAGGUAUUUCCUCUCAUGCAGGUGUUGAACAAAACGUGCUGGUUGGCUGUCGGUUGUAGGUGUUGCAGCGUGUUCAGGUGUAACUUUUUAAACAAGAUACCAGCGACGUGAAGGACCCAACAGUUAGCCUUCAUCAACACUAUUUUUUUAAUGUCUGUUCGGUGUGUUUGGGCCUGAAUGUUCGCUCGUUCAGUGGCUCUAGGUGAGCUAGCAGUAGAUGCACGCUUCCUUCUGCGCAGUGAUACAAAUAGCGGUGUAGUU